AUGGAUGGCGAGGCUGCUAUUAACCGGCCGCUGCACGCCAAUUACAGGCUCCGGAAGCGGGGCCCGGCGUGCGGAGCGGCUGUGUGCCCGCGAGGCGAGCCAGGGAGACAGCCGGCGGGAGCGACCGGGUCAUGGCUGGCACAUAUCGCCGUAAUUCCGCCACCGUCCCUAACAAUAAUUGGGAACAAUUGGCAGCGAUCCGGAGCCCAGCGUGACCCUGGGACCUCGCUUCCGACGGCAAUCCGUCCGCCGUUGGCCGCCACUCGCCGCCGACACUCACACCGCGCGAUCCGCCGCAGCGCGCCGGCAGUGCCUGCGUGGGCUAUGGCAUCUCUUUUGGAAAUAUUUCCACUAUGGAGAUUGGAUUGCUUACUAUUUUUAGUGGCAACAGUAAGUGUACUCUAUGCUUAUAUGAUGUGGAAAUACAGGCACUGGCAACUACAAGAUGUGCCUUUUGUGAAACCAGUAUUAUUCUUUGGUAAUAUUGGUGAUUAUAUCACAAGAAAGAAAGCCCUUAGCUCUGUGUAUCAAGAUUUGUACAUGAAGCUGGAAGACCAUCCAUAUGGUGGUUUUUACAAGUGUCAUCAACCAGCAAUUUUAUUGCGAGAUCUGGAGCUAAUAAAGACAGUUCUAGUUAAGGAAUUCCACAAUUUUAGUGACAAUGAAUUCCAAGUGAGUGAAGAAGUUGACCCAGUAGUUGGAAAAUGUCCAUCUGCACAGCAUGAGGAAAGAUGGAAAGACACAAGAAAUCUCUUGACUCCAGCAAUGACAGUAGCAAAAAUUCGACCAAUAUUCCCUCUGAUGAUGGAAGUUACCAAGGAGGCCUUGGUAUACUUAGAAAAAUUGCCAGAAGCCAGGAGUCAAGAUGGUGUGGAUAUUAAGCAGUUUUCACUUCAGUUUGCAACGGAUAUCAUUGCAUCAAGUGUCUUUGGUCUUAAAGGAAAUGCUUUCAGAGACCCGGAGGCUGAUUUUUGGAAUAUGGCUCAAAACAUAGUAGUGCCAAAUUUAUGGAAAGAUCUAAAGCAUUUUGUAGUUGUUAAAGCACCAAAGCUUGCUGAAAUUCUCGGAUUCAGGAUAGUUGAUGCUGAAGUGUCAGACUUCUUUUAUAGAGCAGUGAAACAUGUUGUUUCCUAUCGGGAUGAGAACAAUUUCAAGAGGAUGGAUUUCAUGCAAACGAUGAUGCAGAUACAUAAAAUAGACUCAGAUGAGAACACAGGUUACUCCUUAGAAGACAUCGCAGCGCACGGGACGAUGUUCUUCACGGAGGGGUGCGACCCGUGCGCGACUGCCCUCGCCUUCACGCUGUUCGAGCUGGCGCACAACGUGGACGUGCAGGAGCAGCUGCGGGAAGAGGUGGUGGCAGCCACUGGGGCGGAGCUCACGUACGAGAAGCUGCAGGAGAUGGAGCUACUCGACCGCGUCGUCUCUGAGAGCCUGCGCAAGCACCCGCCGGUGCCCGCGCUGACGCGGCUGAGCGCCGCCGGCGCCACGUUGGGCGGCCGGCCGCUGGAGGUGGACACCCCUGUCGUGGUGCCCAUCCUGGCGCUGCACCGCGACCCCGCCCUCUACCCGGACCCCGAGCUGUUCGACCCGCGCCGCUUCGCCGAACCCGCCGUCGCCGCCCGACACAGGUUCGCCUACCUGCCUUUCGGCGAGGGACCGCGCGUCUGUCUGGGGAUGCGGUUCGCGCUGUCGCUGGUGAAAGUUGCGGUGGCGGGUGUGGUGCGCCGGUUCGAGCUGCGGCCAUGCCCACACUCAGUGCUGCCGGUGGUGCUCAGCCCCCACCACCACACACUCACUGCUGCUCACGGGCUUCGCGUCACCAUCCUGCCCAGGCACGACACGUGACUACUAUUUGCUGUACUGCAGCUCCGUGUCGCCACCUUACACCACCUCCUGCUUAUUUAUGCAGACGAUACUGCCCAAUCACGAAAAGUGAUGGCAGCUUGUUUUGCAGUUGGACUGUGGUGGAUAUCUAGAUCGUGACGCACUUCUAACUGCAUACAGAUUGCCUCUCGGUACUCUCCCUAGCCGCAGCAAGUGAUUAGAUGUCGUUGUUCCAGUUCAUUGUGGUGAGACUCAUUUACGCUUUCGUCUGCUGCUGCACCUGGACUUGAAAAGUUGUCACAACGUAUCUCACCAUGUUAACUAGCUCAUGCUGUAUUAUUCGUGAAUGGUCUACAGCACCACACAAAGUUGAUUCUUGGCUUCUUAUUCAGUCAUAAAAGUGUGAUACAUGUUCCUAACCUUGCCUAUAGCUUAUAGAGAUUGUCUAAAGAAAGAGAAAGUUACCAUGUACAAAGUGCUUGAAAAGAAAAGUGUCACAUAUUAUUACAGGAAGUGCUAUAAUCAGAACUAAAAAAAAGUUUCCAUAAUCAUAUGCCCAGAAACCAACACCUGUUGCGAUAUGGGCCAGCCCCUCUCCCACUCCCACCUGUCCGUUACAUAGAAGUAGAUGCUGUAGCCAUCUGGCAACCAUAUGUCCUGACACAUCCUUCAGCAGUCAAUCACAUUGAAUCAUGUACUAUUUCAAAAACACCUAGCUCCAUUCAGUUUGCAUCACAUGCUCCUAUAAUGUAUACACACUGCUGAUCGAUUGGGCAUACACAGGUGCCUUUAAAUGUCUCCAUAGCCAGAAAUUCAGCGGACUCAGAUCUAGUGAAGUGGGAGGCCACUCUAUCGAACCUCUUUGAGCAGCCUGCUGCCCAUCAAACGUUGCUGUGAUGUACUGUCACACGAUCUGUACAAAAUGGAGUGGCGCCCCAUCGUCCAUAAUCCACAAUUUUCGUCUUUCUACUCUCCAAUAGCGCAGGUAAUAUCGGUGGUGCACCUGUUGAUCUCUUCGAUAACACGUGUGGCCCUAUGAAUCUGUCAUCGACAAUUCCUUUCCAUAGAUUGAUAUUGAAGUGAUUCUGAUGGACUCACCUCUGUGAGUGACGAGGAUUGGCAUCUUACCACAUGUGCGUAUUGUAGUAAAUGACAAUGCCAUCACUUGUAAACGAUGGGGCAUCUCCCUGUUUACUACAGUUUGCGACAUUAGGUCACACCAGUUUCUCAUGGGUGACUGAAUGGUCAAAGAGGUUCUAUGCCAAGGCCUCUCCAUCCACUGGACUGGAUUUCUGACUACAGGCACAGUUAAAGGCAUCGUAGUACGCUCAACCCUUCAACAACGUGUGUGUGAUUCAGGAGCAUGUGAUCAAUGAAUAUGACGCAGUCCAAACGAAGCCAUGAGUAUUUGAAAAAGUGCACGAUUCGCUGCAAGUAAAUGCUGAAGGAUGUGUCAGACAGUUGGGAGUGAGACGACAGAUUGGUCCAUAUCUCAACAGGUAUUGGUUUCUUGACCUAUCAUUAUGGAAAUUUUCUUCUAGUUUCGAUCAAUACUACAUUAUGUUGGAAUAUGUUCCAUUUUUUUUAAAUACCCUGUGUGCAAGUGGACAAAACGAGUGAAACACUCUGAAUUUAUUAUGAAAGUAAGUGUUUACUUUAGUCGUGACUGAGUGUGAUCCAAAUCAACAGUUGCAGAAUAAUGUAACUCUAUUACUGAUGAAUGAGAGUAAUUUUGUUUCAAUAUCUGAUGUUAGUGUAAUAUUUUCUUUUGGUCAAAAUUUAUAUCACAUAUGUAUGUAUGAGUAUUACCCAUCACAUCACUUCUAUCUUGGUCCUCAACUCAUUGGUACUGUUUCAUGCUGGGUACUUUUAAGGCUAAGUGACAAUGGAAACAGUAAUUAAAAGGAAUAAGGGAGGCACUGUAUCUGCCACAUAGUGGAAAAGUAUUUAUUGUAUCACAGAAGAGGCUGCUAGGUACCGCUGUGUUGAAAUGUACGUUUAGAGCUGUGCUCGUCAACUUCCAAGAUUUAAGAGAACACAUCUACAUUGGAGCCAUAUUUCUGUCAGUCCGAUCCAAAGUCGAUCGAAGAUCGUUGAUGUCAGAAGGAAGAAAAAGACACCCAGACUAAAAUGUAACUGCCUACACAGGAAGUGGAAACCUUAUCAAACAACGUCUGAUGACGUGUAGUGUCAGACCGACGAGUUUAUCGACCAGACAUGUUUGUUUCCAUUCUGAUAUCAGAGCCCAACAGCGCAAAACGAUGGCAGAUACUAUUCUAGCUCAUACAUAGUUACUUAUUAACAGUCCUUUAUUAAUAACACCAAUAUCAGAGUGAAAAUAUAGCCUAGUUACUGUAGAGUGAAUUGUUAUUUCUUUUAAAGUAAGAGCUGCAUAGGCAUUCCUCUGUAACAGAAAUCAAUUUCUAAAUCUUAUACCACUAUUAAAUAUUAAGAGAAGUAACAAUUCAUUUUCACUGAUGGUAAUAUCUGAUAUCUUCAAAAACAAUUAUUGUUGCCCUGAUACAUAUAAGAUGGAUCACAGUUAAUAGUGACAUCUGACACUGUGAAAGUAUAUGAUAAGAGAAACGAAUACCUUCCAAUAAACACAGGUCUGUAAGAAGUUAUUUAGGACAUAACUAACCUUUUUCCAAUGAUUUUGCCUUUGUGUAGGUUUGACAUAUCUAGAACACAUCUUCUCCUCCCCUCUCUGUGAGUGCCUCGUCCUCCCUUCGUCUGUCUAACUGAUCUUACCAUCUCUAUCUAUCUCCGUCUCCCCAUUCUCUCUGUUUCUUCAUAUCCUCCUCCCCUCUGUCUAUUUCCUCCAUCUCCUCUCACUGACCAUACCUUCCUCCCCUGCCUCCAUCCAUAUACUUCUGCCCAUUCCUUUCCAUCUCUGCCUUCCUUUCCACAUGCCCACUGCCCUUCUACUCCUGCUACCAUCUGCCUACUGCCCUUCUAUGCCUUCUACAUGCAUCAUGCAUCUCUUCCUCCUCCUCUCUCUCACUCUGCCGAUUUCCUCCUCCCCUCACUCUGUCCAUCCCCUCCUCUGUCCAAUUCUACUGGUCUCCAGCUAUGCUUAUCACAAUAAAGCUGGUGGACACUACUCACACAACAUGCUUGUCAUGCAGGUAUGGCUACAUGCCAGGUGCUUGAAAAUCAUUUAUUUGCUCCUGAGACAUAGGACGCCAAGAAAAGCAAGUCAAUAAAUCAGGCCAACACAACACUCCUGUAAUGUAGAGCAGCAUACAUGUUGGGGCCUGGAAAAGCAUUUCUUGCCACUUGCAAACCAUGUUGAUUUAGCAGGCCUAUGUUGUUCCCACACAACACGCUUGUCUUGCAGGGCAGCAUAUACCACAGACGCUGGAGAAAAAGCUUUUACUCGUAUCUCCACCCCCAUUGGAACCAGAGAUUAUAAGCCCAUAGCGCUGAUACUUGUGACUCCUGCUGUUUCUGUGCUACAUUUGAUUGAAAUUGAUCCACUGGUUUGCGAUGAGGUACCAGACAUACAAGUAUACAUCAUAUAUAUGUAUGUACUCUGAUUUAUACUCUAUAUAACAGAUUAUAAAUGUGUGUUUAUGAGUGCCAUUAACUUCUGUGUAAGAUGUUGUCCUAGUUAGCAGAAUUGUAUCUGAAACGUAAACUUUCUGAUUCAGUAGCUGUCUAACUGGUCUCAAAAUUCAUCUAUUUGCCCGCCUUGCCCUAUGCAACAUUGGAGAAUGUGGCACAUGUGUGAUGGGGCACAGGCAUAUUUUGUUGCUGUUAUAAGAUGGCAUCUAACAUGCAACCACAGUCCGAGACGGAUAUGUCAAACAAAGCUUGUCCUUUGGCCUCCAAGAUCAUCUGACCUCAAUCUUUUGGAUUUUUCUGCAUGGGUUUUCUCAAAAGUGAAGUGUACAGAACUCCCACUGAUAUAGCUGUGGAACUGGAACUGCGAAUUGUAGAAUGCUGUUAACAGUUAUGAUUCGAUCUGGGUAUGUUUUAAAGAUUUUUCAGCUCACAAUAGAGACGAGUCCAGUAUUGCUUCCAUAUGUGAGUAUGACAUGUGGAAUACAUUUUUUAACAGUAAAUUGUGUCAAGUAACGCACUGAAGUAGUAUUGUAUUUAUUGUUGAGGUAGCACUAGAGCGAAACUUGCAGCCAAUUAGAGCGAAAAGUUAAAUUUCUAAUGCGUUUGUACUAUUAGUACAUUAUUUCACAGUGGCAGCUUGUAGCAACACAUUCUCAAUGAACCUGCAAAACGGUUCGUUUACUCGAACCUUUUUUGUUUCUGCGAGUAUUGUCGUAUACUUUCACCCAUGUCAGCUUUCGCUUCUAAUUGUUUUUCCCUCUAUAUAAAACUUUUGCACUUGGACUCCUUUGGGGCACCUUUCCGUUUGGCACCUCAAGUAGCACUUGUGUUGCUUGGCCCUUAAACCUGCCCUAAUCAGUCAUAUUAUUUGUUAAUUAGUUAGUUAGUGUAAUAUUUCCUGGAUUAUUUGCAUGAUAAAUCAUUAUGAUGUGGAAAAAGUAAUUUUACAUUCAAAUUGCAAAUUAAUUUGCAAGUAUGGCUACAUGCUGAAUGUUUAUAUGUAUAUAUAUAUAUUUAGAUAUACAGGUGUGAGUUAUCAAUUGCUAUCCAACACAUUUUAUACAUUACAACAACAAAAAUUAUUCUACGAAAUAGAAAACGAUGUCAAGGAGAAACUUUUUCAGUUUGUUUUCAAUUUUUGCUUUGUUGUUUGAAAGACAUUUUAUACCACUGGGUUAGUUAACAAAGAUUAUAACUACAGCAUUGUGUACCAUUUUUGUGCUACAGACAGCCUUCAGAAAUGUAGUAAUGAAUGCCGUUUUACUUCUGGUAUUGUAAUUAUAUACAUCAUUGUUCCUUUUGAACUACAGUGGUUUAUUUACAGCGAACUUCAUGAGGGAGUAAACGUAUUGUGAAGCAGUAGUCAGAAUGCCCCACUCCUUAAACAGAUGUCUACAAGAUGAUCGUGGGUGAGCACUACAUAUUAUUCUUACAGCACGUUUUCGACCAAUGAAUGUUGUUCUGUAUGAUGUUGCUGAAUGAAAAUAUGCAAAAUAUGUCAACUUCCUGAUUUGUGUCUCCCAAAGAUAUGCGAUGAUUCUAAAUACAAACGUGGCUGAACUAAA